UAUUUUGACCCAAACAUUUGCCUAAGUCCAGUUAGAUGAUGGAAGACCAUCAUUGUUCUAUGACGUCAGGAGCUCCAGUGCAUUUAUCCUUUUUGGAAAUUCUAGAUAAAAGAGAUAGAAAUUGUAGUUCGUUUUAUAUAUGAACCUUUGAACUACACACAGACAGAUUGGGCAUCGAACCAACAUUAUGAUUGCAAACAUGCUAAGCACCUCUGAUAACCAUAAGGUGAACAGAAGCCUGGUCUAAAAGGUUAAACCUCUACACCUCCUCCUGCACUCAUCGCCGCCCCACUGUGGUAUUUGUGAGCGCAGCAGAGCUGCACUCUGUCCUGGGCUAAACUUAGACCCGAGAAUGACCACAGCACGCCCUGCUCGCCCCACCGGGUCACAAUGGAAGGUGUUGAGUUUCCUGGGACACUGCUGUGUGUCACUGACAACACUGGCUAGAACAAGAUGUAGAUUUCAGGUCUGCCGGUCUUUCCGUCUGUCUCUCCGUCUUCAUGGGCAACUAUAGCUCGGCCCUCGUUCCCGACACAGAGGAGUUUGAGUCAAUUGUGACGGAGGCGCUGACUCAGCAGAAGUUACGGUCAGAGCUGCAGACUCUGGUGACACUCGUGAUGGAGGAGAGAAAGGAAACCCAGGGAGGAGAGCUGGAGUCGUCAAGAUUUACAGAGAACUGUCAUGACGUGGCACAGAAUGGGCCGGCUCCUCCAACGCUGGGCCCGGGACUCAAACCUCAUCCUAAGGCUCAGCGGAAACAUGCAGCACCAAAUCUGGAGGAGCUGCAGACAGAGCUGACAGAACUGAGGAGCCAGUUUCAACAGAUGAAGACUCAGCACAACAAAGAGAUAAAGCUGCUGAUGAACGAGCUGGACGAGGAAAAGAAGAUCCGACUGACUCUGCAGAUGGAGAUCCAACGUUUGAAAAAACACAUGUCCAAAAGAAUGGAAUCCUGAGAGAAGAAAGGUGACGAAAGGUUAAAGUCCUACACUAGAAACAUAAAUCAUAAACUUGUUUUUAAUAAAAUAUCAAUCAACUUUGUCAACUUGCUAACUAGCCAGCAGGUUUGAACAUUUAAAUUAACUGACCACUCAUAUUAACAGUUAACACUGCAGGUUUU